AUGAAGCGCGCUGCCACAUUAAUUGAUGCUGAUGGCCUUGUGGACCGAGCCCGUGUCGAGUCUUGGCGCGACAGCCUUUACGUUGGCCUUCAGGCCUACUGCACUUCGUUGGGAAGACGCGAUGGGGCUGGCAGCAGCAGUCAGCUUCACGAAUCAGUACAUUUGCAAUCAUCAUCUUCAUCACACUCACACUUGUCAGUUAUGUCGGCGCCAGUAUCUGCAUCGGCUAGCAAAACUCCGCUUUCUGUCACUCCACCCGCAUCUCACGACGCCGGCCGGUUCACACGUUUGUUGCUCCGAUUGCCCCCAUUGCGUACGCUGUCACUUAAGUGUCUCGAGCAAGCCGCCGUCCUUCGACUUGCUGUCCACGAUCCGACUUGUCAGCGCUUACUCAGCCUCAUUGAGCAAAGAAAUUGGUCACCAACCUCAUUCGCAUCGCCCUCAGCCCCACUAGGACAAUUCCCGUCGACGUCCAUUCAUAUAACUGCGGCCACUACUAACACUUCAAGUGCUGCCCUAGUCAACCCGGUUACCACAACCGCCACAACUAUUACCACAACCAGCGUUAUGAGCAGAGAUAGCUAUCCACUUUCAACUUCUUGUCCUGUGGAUUCUGCAGUAACGGGCUCGAAAUACACUUUGCUUCAGCUUGACAUUUCUGCUAAUAAUUGCCUUGACGACGGAGGCAAGAGAGGCCCAGAAGACUCUAAUAUAGAUUUCCGAUCGACACAAAUGAAUGUUAUUAAAGAAAAGCAAGUGAAUAAAGAUGAUGGUGCCGCAAAUAAGGAAGAAGAAGAGAAUAAUGCAAGUGAGACUGGGAAUAGCUCAUCACAGGAAUCAACGAUGCUUGGAAACUCAUCGCUUCUUUGUGAUACGUUAUCAUCUCAUCUGAUUGGAUAUAAGCCUACCUCUGUGCAUUCAACCCACGCCAUAUCUACUUCCUUAGCUUCUUCGCCAGCAUUAUCUUCAUGUGGCCUAGUUUCCGGGUCUCCUGCCUCAUGGACACCUGCUUCUAGGCCCUCCUCUUCAAAUGUG